AUGUGCAGCGAGCUUCAGAAGGCCCAACCUCUGACUUUCCACAAGCUCAGCGGCGUGCCUGCUCUACCCGGCUUCCAGGAGAACGAGCUGAGGGCCUUCUCCGACUGUGACAAGAAGCUGGAGAUCGUGAAUCAGACUGUGAGUCAAACCAACAUGAAAGACUUCCGCUCGAACAUAUGCGACACGUUCUGCGAAACAAGUGAGGAGCCGAUGUGCGAGCCAGAGUGUCUCGACCGCGUGCUGGGCUUCAUGGUCUUCCCCAAGACCUUGCUGCUGCAAGUCAUGGAAGAGUCCGCGGCAGGCAAAUCCAGCCAUGAAGCUACGACAAACCACGAGACGAUCAUUUGA